AUGAUCGCCGAGCGAAUGCACGGAGACUCUCAAACGGAUCAAGAUACAUUUACGCCCGUGAAAUACAGGAGGAAGGCCCGCAACGCAACUCCGAAUGGCGGCGGACUUCCGCUUCCCGGGCAGAGGAACUCGACUCCGCCGCGUACGGCCAAUUCAUCGUCGACCCGAGGCAAGGGCAAGGGCAAGUCCGUCAUCGUACGGGAACGGACCUUGGCCGAACGGAUCGAGGGAAGGAGAAAGACUUUUGUGGAGUCAAAGUAUCUCGAGCAAUGCAAGAGUGAGCUAUAGAGGUCUUUGACAGCGAAGUAACACCCCGGUACUCACGUACACCUCCUUCCCAGGUCUCCUCCGCAAUGCCCUCGAGCACGACGGACCCAUCGCAUCGACAUCGCAAUCCACAGCCUGCCCAACACCGACUUGCGCAGUGUGCCUAGGACUGGGGACCUUGACCGACUCACCCGAGUCUCAAGAACAAUACUUGCUGCUCGAGGCACUUCAGGAUGAGCUGGGCACCCUCGUACGUCCGGUCGAGCGGCCUGAUGCGAGCUGCGAAGACGUUACUGUCGCCGCGUAGCUGACACGUGAGCUCAUCGCUGACAGUUGACGAAACCGACCGAAACUUACGAUCCCGUGUUCGACCCUCAAGAUAUUGAGUACUUGGUAGCACGAGGAUUACUCCCUCUGCAGACCGAGGUCCGUACUUUCGGCACUUGCUCGUUCCCACCCCCACUAUCGCCGCCUCUGACCGCUUCGAACAUGCUUCUUCUCUCUCGCAUAAGCAUGACCUCAUAUUCGACACUCCGACACUCCUGUACAUGCCUCAUUGUCCUCGAUUCCUUUUUGAUCUCUUGCUGGAGCGGUCAUGGUCUCGUAAGGGGUUGAAGAACCUCAUCAUACUCGGCAAUCGACUCGAAAUGUAUGAUGACCCGUACGUGAUGGACCGUGGGCAUACUCUAAGAUCCCGGAAGGUGAUACUGAAAGAUACUCAUCUCUCUAGACGUCAUGCCUCAGCUACUUCAAGUGCGAAAUCACCCUUUAUCGCUCGAGCAGGUCAGCCUGUCUUUGAAGUUCCUCUUAUACCUGCAUGCCGCGGGAACGAAUCUAACUCGCUGUCUUUCCCUUCACACAGCUCCCCUCUUUACCGCCAUACCACUCCCACCAACAAGAGACCACUUCCAAGCGUUCAACGAUCUCGCGUUACAAUGGAUCCCCCUAGAGAGGCUGGAUCAAAUUCCCGACAACUUUUUCGACAAGGCGCUUCCGCCGCCGAUACACAACGACCGCCUCGAGAACGGCCACGAAAAGUCACGACGGAGAGAAGCUGUGCAUUCUUCAAAAGGUGAUGAUCUCUCUGAGGCACUGGAGCGGGUGAUAGUCUAA